UCACUUCCGGGAGAAGAAGGUGACAGCUGGUCUUCCACAUGUUAAUCCAGUCAGCUUGAGCAAGAAGUAGCAGGUACUUCACGUCACGAUAACAUGGGCUUGCUGUCCAUCCUGCGGAGGCUGAAGCAGCCUCAGGACCAGGAGGUGCAUUUACUGCUGCUGGGUUUGGACAACGCCGGCAAGACCACUCUGCUCAAACAGCUGGCGGCGGAAGACAUCAGUCACAUCACACCCACACAAGGCUUCAACAUCAAGAGCGUUCAGUCGUCGGGCUUCAAGUUGAACGUGUGGGACAUCGGAGGACAGCGUAAGAUCCGCCCCUACUGGAAGAACUACUUUGAGAACACAGAUGUGCUGAUCUACGUGAUUGACAGCUCGGACAACAAGCGAUUUGAAGAGACGAGUCUGGAGCUGUCUGAGUUAUUGGAAGCAGAUGAGCUGGCCGCCGUGCCGCUGCUCGUCUUUGCCAACAAGCAGGACUUGAUGACAGCCAUAUCAGCCUCUGACCUGGCGGAGAGCCUCAACCUGCACACCGUUCGAGACCGAAUGUGGCAAGUCCAGGCCUGCUCAGCCAUCACCGCUGAGGGAGUGCAAGAUGGCAUGAGCUGGGUUUGCAGGAAUAUAAAGUUUCGGAAGAAAUAAAUCCCUGAAGAUCUGCUGGAUCACAUUUUAGUCCACUUACUUCAUAUCACAAUAGUCAGAGUGACAUCAUCUCUGAAAUUAAUCUAAAAACAUAUCGACUGUCUUGUAUAUAAUGUAAAUAUUACCCUACUUUAACUGUAUAUAAUGUUAAAAAGCAAAGAAAUGAUGACAACUGACAAUAAAUACAUGA